AUGGAUUCCGCCGACGUGGUCAUCGAGGACGACAAGCCACCGUCCAAGACCUCGGAGAACAACAACAAUAACGACGACAAUGAGAAUGAAGACGCGAACCGCAAGAAAGAAAAGGCUAACGUGCGGAAAAGGACGAAAACCGGCUGUCUCACAUGUCGCAAACGUCGCAUAAAAUGCGAUGAGGGCCGGCCCAUCUGUAACAACUGCAUCAAGUCAAAGAGGCACUGCGAGGGGUACAAUCAGCGUGUCAUUUUCAAAGAACCCAUCGCCGGGUUCAAUCUCAAUGGCAGCUACGGUCCUAUCAUCUAUCCUCCCGAGGCGCCAAAUCAGUCAUUCGACCAACUGCCCAACCCGCCGCCCAAGUCCAUCAACGGUCCUCCUUUGGCACCGAUUGCGCCUAAGCCGCCGCAGCAUCUAGAUUUCCAGGGCCAACCGAUGUUUCCGUAUGGUCAAGGCUUCCCCGGUCAACACCAAAACCAGGCCCCUCCUCCUGGUGCUUUCGACUUCAAUCAGUUCCCGUAUGGCGAGCAACACAUGCACUCAAGCUCUUCCAUCAUCUCACCAGCCAGUCAAUUUCAGGCGCAAUUUGGUGGUCAGCAGAGCAACUUGGUCAGCCCCAACACAGAUAGUGGCGCGUUUGUCCACAGUCCGACAGAACCAUGGAGACAUCAGCCGGCGAGAGCUCAGGCGCGGGUGGAAGAGAUGGAUGUGUAUCCCAGUGCCAAUGCCGCUCCUCAGAUGGAUCAUCCUCUGGAGGAUGCAGACUUCCAGUACCCAUGCCCGGACGACGACGCCUCCAUGCCCGACUCCGAGGACGCAUUCGAAGAUCUCAUGGGCGAAGAGAGCGCGUACGGCCAACUGGUGCAGAGCCGGAACGAUGGACCUUGGGAUGGAUUCGGAACUAAGAUGAGGUCCUUCUCGGCUUUUGCUGACGAAACGAUUCUCACAUCGUACAUACCCACGCCCAACAAUUCGCCACUCAACGAUGAGCGAACUGCUGCUUUGUUUUGGCACUUCAUCAACGUCACAGGGCCAAGCAUGUCGCUAUACGAGCGGCAUCCUUUCGACCACUCAAAGUUGACAAACAAUGCCUCUGUGCCUAAAGCAGGACACAACAUCUGGACCUACACGUUUCCCAUUAUAUCGUUUACACAUCCUGCCCUCCUGCAGGCCAUGCUUGCAUUGGGCGCGUUACAAAUCGCCAAGCUGCAACAAAUACCGCCGACGGCGGCCAUGAAGCAUUAUCACCUCGCCAUCCGCAGGAUCGCAAAGAAUCUACGGAGUCCUAAGAGGAGAACUUCGCCAGCAACACUGGCCGCCUCCCUCUUGCUCGGGUACUUUGAGGUCUGGAACUCGGAUCACACAAAGUGGUGCAACCAUCUCUUUGGAUCCAGGCUCUUGAUUAGGGAGAUACCCUUUAGGCAAAUGACAAAGAACAUUCUGCCGCUGAAACGGGUGAGGAGGGCGCUGUUCCAGGAGAGCCAGAAUCAGCCAAUGGACCCGUUCUACAUGGGCCACGACAACACACAUAUGAUGAGCCACGAUCUCGACGAUCUCGAUCUCGGCUUCCUCAGCAAGAUCACCAACCAGCACGUCUCGUACGAGGACGACGAGCCGUCUCCACACUACUACACGGAUCGCGAUAUCGAGCACUACGAACAUCUGAGAGAUUUGUACUGGUGGUACUGCAAGAUGGAUGUGUACCAGAGCAUGUUGGGCGGAGGGAAACCUUUCAUGGAUUACCAGCACUGGACGCAAUGUCCGCCACGAGCGCCUAUGGGCCGACUUGAGGCCAUAUACGGAACGUACGACCACCUCAUGCUGUUGCUCGGGCGCCUGUGCAGCUUCGCAUCAAAGGAUCUCCCGAGGAAAAGGAAAUCGUUCAAGGGCUUCGGGCCUCCAGGGGGACCCCCUGGCGGACCUCCCGGUGGACGUCCCGGAGGUCCACCACAAGGAACACCGCAAGGAGGACCACCAGGUGCGGGUGGGCCACCGAGAGGCGGUCAGGGUUGGCCGCCGCCAGGGAUGGGGCCGCCGCCGGGAAUGGCACCGGGCAUGCACGGAGGCGGGCCGCCCGGUGGGAUGAUGGGAGGAAUGCCGGGUGGACCUCCCGGCGGCCACUCGAUGGGCAUGCCGCCGCCAAACAUGAUGGGAGGGCUGCCGCCAGGAAUGGGGCCGCCGCCGGGAAUGGGCCCCGGCGGUCCCGGUGGCUCGCCGCCCAUGUUCCCGGGCAUGCUUCCCAACCUCGGAAAAGUGACCCUACCAAUGGGCUUCAGCCCCCCGCGGGACGAUUCCCCACCGCCGCCCGACGCCCAAGACGAUCUCGACUCGGACGCAGCCGCCGACGCAGCCAUGCGCGAAUGGACCUCCCUCCGCGAGGCCUUUGAGAUGCUCCGAUCCCGCUUCGGCCCCGAAUUCCAACCCCUGGGCGCCGAGUACGCCGACCGCAGAGAGUCGCCCUUUGGUCCCACGCUACAGUACCGCACCUUUUCGGUGGCGGGCAUCUGGAUGAACUACUACAUGGGCCUCAUCCACCUCUACCGCGCGCAUCCCAAGAUGCCGCCCGCCGCUAUGAUCGCCGCGGGGAUCCAGGCGCAGCACACGGCCAAGUUCGCCAUGGAGAUUGGGCGGAUCGCGGCCGGGUUGACGGACGAUUGCAGCAAUGUGCUCGAGAUUAGCACCCUCGUCGGCGCAGCGCUGAUUGAGAGUUCUUUCUGUCUGUUCGUCAGCGCUAUCCAGUACCAAAGCGACGCCCAGCGCCACUGGAUCGUCAGGCGCAUGCACGACAUCGCCCGCCUCACGGGCUGGCAGUCGGCACGGCAGAUCGCCGAGGGCUGCGAGUCCGGGUGGAAGAAAGCGGCGGCCAUGGGCCGGGGACCGCCGUACGCGCGUGACCCGAGCCUGCAGACGGUGGUGCCGCCGUCCGUGUGGUCGAACCCGCGGCGGAUCGGCGCACGCAUCGAGCAGCUCGAUAGCGACGACACGGUGCUCGUCGUCGCCAAGUCGGAGAGGGCGUUUUAUGCUCUCGGUCUGAUUAGCGUGGAAGAGGAGAUGGAGAGGCUGGUGAUCAAGGAUGAGGGAUGA